CAUUUUUUGAAACAUACACUCUGAAUGCAAUCAAACAUGCAUAUGCUGCAACUGGUAUUUGGCCACUGAAUCCUAAUACAAUCAAUUCUGAUCACUUAAUACCUUUUUUACCAACUUACCAACCUGCUGUUGUAAAUCAAGAACUUGAGAAUGAGAAUAAAGAAUUACAUGAAUAUAUUCAAAGAUUGGAGCAUCCUGGAACAGCAUCUUUAGCUUCAAUUAUAAAGUAUCCUCAUCCAAAGCAAUUAUCUGUUGAAAAAAAACCUCAAUUUGGAACACUUGUAACUGCAGAAUCGAUUGCAAAAGAAUUAGAAGACAUAGAAAAUGUAAAAUGCAAAAAGAUUGAAGAUACAAAGUUAAGGAAAGAAUAG